AUGGCUGACAAGAACCCUGCACCGUAUUGGGCCCACAGCACCAGACCAAGACUAUUCUGGAAGAAGCAGAAAUGGGAGCCGCUGCAGGACUUUGGAGCCAGAAGCCGUUGGGACUCGUACUGGGCCGAACAGGGCGAGGCCGUGCUGUGGUCCCAUCUGGCUGUAGAACAAUCCGAAUAUGAACUCAACCCUGAGCUGGACCCUCCCUGGUCUCAUCCAGAGCUGAAGCCGGAGCUGGGACCUCCACUACGCACACACCUACGACUACUACCAAGAGCAUCAGAUACUGGAGCAAGCAUGGGCUGGACCAGCUGA